UUUGAUAAAAAUAUUUCUAAAAUACAUUAUGAAGCUGAUAGUUUUCAUGGUGCUGAUAAUCUCCUUUGGAGCAGCCCAUAACUUCACAAAUGCGCCUGUGUUAGUAAUCCAUGGGAUAAAUGACGAUUGUGAUUAUGGAAUAGUUGAUGAAAUCUCCACUUAUCUCGAUACUUAUGCAGAGUGAUACCCCAUUGGAGGGGAUGAAGCUCCAAUCGUGUCAAUGUUUUAUAAUAUUAACCACCAAGGCAGGAUCUUAUGUGAGAGAAUUCAUCAAGAUGAUUACUUGAAAGACGGAAAUUUCAGUAUUAUGGGUGUCUCUCAAGGCUCAAUAGUUGCUAAAUAUAUCAUUGAGUAUUGUCCUCUUGAACAUCCUGUUAGAAAUCUCGUUACUUUUGGAGGUCCUCAUAUGGGAGUCUCUUUUGUGCCGACUUUUCCAAAAGAGUCGAAGCUAGGAUCUACAUUAGCAUGGAUUGUUAAUAAAAUAGUUUAUUACAGAAUGACUCAGUAUUUCCUCGCUCCAGCUGAUUUUUGGAGGGACCCUAAUAACCAAGAGGGAUAUUUUGAGUACUCAAGAUUCCUAGCUGAAGCAAACAACGAGAUAAACUUUGAUCAAAGAAGAAAAGACCAAUGGCUCAAACUCCAGCAUGCUACAUUUGUAAUGUGGGACAAUGAUACAACAAUAAUCCCAAAAGAGUCCUCAUGGUGGGGGAUGUACUCUCCUGACUUAAAACUACUCUCAAGGUUUGAAACAGACCUGUACAAAAACGAUCUUAUUGGCCUAAAGACUUUAGAAGAGUCUGGAAGAGCAGAAUUCAUAUCCAUCCCAGGCGAUCAUAUGGAAUAUACCCGCACUCAAAUCAACCUUAUCGUCGGGCCAACAUUUAUAAAAUAA